AUGCGUGAGAUUGGGAUCACGAAAAUCCAAUCGGCAUGGAUUACAUCUAUUGUGGCCCUGAUUAGCAUGACUGGACCGUUAUGUUUAGGACCCAUAGCUUACAAAUAUAAUAAAUACAAAGUAAUACUCGUAUUCUGUCUGUUGCUGUCAUUCAUCGCAUAUACGGGACUACUAUUCGUACCGAAAGUCAUUAUUACCGAAAGGCAACCUAAGAUAUACUUUGAUUGCUCGCAAAGUAUACUACGUAUAGAGCAGUGUCCCAAUUGGGAGGGCCAGUGUCACACUUUUGCUAAGAGACCUGCCACCAACUUCUCUAAUUUCCAACUCACCAGUUGUGCCUAUGAGUGUCCAUACAGCGGCACUUAUAACGCCUCGUGGUAUCCCAUCCAUGUCUGCUUCAGAAGUACUAAUGAUGAGGGAAAUAUGUGUUUAGUUCAUAACAGGGAUGGUGUCAAUAGUGAUAUCCAGGCCUCAAGACGUACUGAUAGGCCGGAUGGUGAACCCGAUAGCGACGGCCAAUCACCAAAUGAAUUAAUUCAAUUUGAUUCAAGAUUUGACAGGUGGCCAGUCAUUGAAGGCUCCAAGGAUGAUAUAGUGGAAAGGGUGUUUAGUGGUCUACCCACCUGCACUUAUCAACCGGCACCACCGUUACUCGUAAACCAAAAACUCUAUGACAACGUCCAGUGCCGACCAUUUGUCCACAACUGUAAUAUCUAUUGUCACAUAAAUCUGAGACACAGACGAAAGUCAUCGCGCGAUAAAGAUGUACCCCUUAGGCCUCCGGCCCCCUGUCUUAUUGAAACUGGAGAUCCAAAGCAAACAUUUUAUACAUAUUUACUGAUCAGAUCUGUGGCCGACUUUUCGCUCUUUACGACAUAUACUCUAUUGGAUGCGCUAUCGGUUGCGAUGACUAAUGAUUUCGAUGCCAUUUACGGAGGAUUUUCUAAACUCUGGGCUUUAAUGAUACCAAUGAUAGCGUGGCCACCGAUUGCUGGCCAACUGGUGGACUAUUUUUCCACAGCCGACAGUCCCAACUACGCGCCGCCAAUC